UCCUUAUACACAAAACAACCCAGACUCAAGACAACAGCCCAUACCAUCUUGAGCGCCAAAGAACCGGCGAGAUAGGCAAGCCACACCCUAUAUUUCCAAUCUCUCCUGGGAACACCUAACAGGAAACAAAAAAAUCUGCACAGUAAGAACUCUUCAGCACCCAGCACCAGCAGCCGCCCCUUGUCACCGAAAAUUUUCAUAUACAGCAGCCUGGAAAUUUGUAAAUUUCUGCUGUUAUCGCUCCAUCAAACUGCAGCUUACGCUGCCUGCCAGCAUUUGGCCAGAACCUGCAGUCAACCCAGCAAUCAAAAUGCCCCUCCAUACAUAUAACAGCAUACCACUCUGUAGACCAACCAUGCGCCGCAGCCGCCCGCACCUCGAUUUCCUACGCGCCACUAUCACGCGGCGUCACUACGCCACAAAAUACAUAGCCAAAAUCACCUCAACCUCCCCCACCGGCCGUUCCCUCACUGCCGAAGUCACAUCACCUCAGCCCAUCCCCUCCGACUCUCGCGGCUACCCAAUCCCGCGCCACCUUAUCAUCUGCAAGGCCACUCGCCUCAUCCAAUCCCGUACCGCCACGUCAUCGCUGUCGGAUUACUUCUCCUCUCUAUCUCCCCCUCUCACUUCAGCCGAAGCCUCCGAAAUUCUCAAAUCCCUAAACUGCCCUCGUCUCGCAUAUAAUUUUUUCCAGUUUUGUCCAUCACUUUCCCCUAAUUUUCACCACGACGCUUUUACUUACGCGCGACUCAUUUUGAUUCUAUCUAAAUCGACUCUCCCCGACCGGUUUGAUAUCGUCCGUGCAUUACUGAGCGACAUGGAGAGGUCCAAGAUACGUGGCAACAUCUCGACCGUGAACAUUUUGAUCGGCUUCUUCGGUAAUUCUGAUGACUUGAAAAAUUGUAUUGGGUUGGUUAAAAAAUGGGACUUGAAGAUGAACUGCUACACGUACAAGUGUUUGCUGCAAGCUUACUUGAGGUCACGCGACGUGCACGAGGCGUUCAGGGUUUACAGUGAGAUGAGGACGAAAGGAUACCAGUUGGACAUCUUUGCCUACAACAUGCUGCUGGAUGCUUUGGCAAAAAAUGAAAAGGUUGAUGAAGCCUACAGGGUUUUUGAAGACAUGAAACGGAAGUUCUUGUGGCGCGAUGAGUACACUUACACAAUCAUGAUCAGAAUGACUGGAAAGAUGGGUACUGAUGAAUCACUGACUCUUUUUGACCAAAUGAUAAAAAGGGCUGCACUCCUAAUUAUUUGCUUUAACACUAUGAUCCAGGCACUUGCAAACGGACGGAUGGUUGACAAAGUUAUUCUUCUCUUCUCUAAAAUGGUGGAAAGAGAAUGUGACCUAAUAACUUAUAGUAUCAUUUUAAAUGUUCUGGCCGCAGAAGGGCAGCUUGCUAAACUAGAUGAAGUUGUGGAAGUGUCAAAGAAAUAGACUAAGUCAAUCUAUGCAUAUCUUGUUAGGACUCUGAGCAAAUUGGGCCAUAAGUGAAGCUCACGAUUGUUUUGCAACAUGUGGAGCUUAGAUGAUAGGGGAGAUCGGGAUGCUUACAUUUCCAUGUUAGAAAGCCUGUGCAGUACAGGGAAAACAACAGAGGCUAUGGACCUGCUGACUAAGAUUCAUGAGAAGGGAAUAUAUCCAGAUACAAUGAUGUAUAACACAGUAUUAUGCUUGGGCAGGUUGAAGCAAAUAUCUCACCUCCAUGAUCUUUAUGAAAUGAAAAGAGAUGGCCCUUCCCCAGAUAUAUUUACAUACAAUAUUCUGAUCGAGUUUGGUAGGGCUGGAAACGUUGACGAGGCUGUUAAAGUUUUUGAAGAACUUGAGAGUGGACAACUAAAACCAGAUAUCAUCUCUUACAAUUCUUACAAUUGCCUUGGGAAGAAUGGUAAUCUUGAUGAAGCACACAUGAGAUUUAAGGAGAUGCAAGAGAAAGGGUUGAAUCCCGAUGUUGUACAUACAUACACUCAUCGAGUGCUUGGCAAGACGGACAAAGUUGAUAUGGUGCGAUUGUUUGACGAGAUGCUAGCUGAAGGCUGCUGUCCAAACAUUGUCACAUAUAACAUCUUACUCGACUGUCUUGAGAGAAGUGGGAGAACUGCUGAAGCAGUGGAUCUUUAUGCAAAACUCAAGCAACAGGGGUUGACACCUGAUUCAAUCACAUAUGCAGUGCUUGAUCGAUUGCAGAGUGGUUCUCACAGGAAAGUCAGAGUUCGCAGGCAGAAUCCAAUUACAGGUUGGGUUCGGGCAUGGCAAUAUCAUCAUGUCACUGCUGGUGACUGAGAUGCCUUGCCCGGGUAGAGCAGUUUUUGGUAACAAAUCAGGAUUAGUACUUGGGUUUGGGUUCUAAGUUAAUCCCUCUAAUUCAUGAUUGAAACCCAGAUGGAUUAAGUGACACUUAGCCUGACUGCCAUGAAGUAUUGCAAUGCAUACCCAGAAAUAGUCAUAAUCUAUUGUUACUCUUGUGAAUGGUUGCAAGCUAGUCAUGGUGGGAAAUUGUUGUUCUUAAUGGUGCACCAGACCAGAAAGGUUGAGGUUCUUCAACAAAAGCACACCUUCAUUGUCACAGUUAUUAAGCUGACAAUCUUGGAUAAACAAAAGUCCACUGCAAAAUAUGCAGCUGAGUUUCUUCUCACCAACAGAGAUUGCAUUUUAAAGACAGAAGUUACAUCUCAACUCAAGAUCAAUGUCUUCAUUGUUCGCAGAAGCAACACCAACACAACACAGACGAUGCAGUCAAGUUAAUGCUCAAUAUAUUAUGUGUUGUCUCUUCUAUCAUGAAUAUGCAGGAUAAAGUGAGCUGAUUGACUGUAACAUUGCAUAAUUAAUUGGUUUCUUUGGCGAUUCUUUCCAACAGGUCGGUUUUACUUCAGUAAGAAUGUUACAUUUUAUAAAUGCAUAAAAUUAUGCUUUUCACUGUAUACUAAAUUGAGCAAUUUCUUUAUCCAUGGAAGAGAUUGUGGAAUAUUGAAGAUGCCAGCAAGUUGAUGUAACAGGCGGGCCAAGUCCGCUUUGGACACGAGCUCACCAGUUACUGGCCAUCCAAGUUGAGUGAUGGGCCUGAUAUCAAAAUAUUGUGUGUUUUGGACACAUAGUCCAUCA